CGGCCCUCUUUUUCUUUUCCCACCACGCGCGUUUACGCAUUGUAGUUGCAUUCGAUGAUACCCUGCUUUGAUCCCAUCGAAAGUCCGGGAACAGGGCAAGCGAGUGUCAUGCAAGAUCCCGCGACCCUUCUUUUCCUGUUUAUACACAUAACGAAACUACUGCCACUUCUGGGACCGUUGACCAUCAACACUCGUUGAACUGUCGUCCCGUCUGUUGUCAUACACCAACAAGUCUGUCAAUUUGUACUCAGACUUGCUGUCGUUACCCAUCAAUCCCGAAAAUUGUUCGGACUUGUGACCGCUGCUUCGGCUUUGAGUUCUCCACCAUCUCAUCACCGCUCACACAAGUCCGUCCUACCAACUCUCCCCGCGAUCGAGAACACCGACGAAACUUCGAAGACCAGAACAAAAAAAGAAAAAAUAGAAGAAAAAAACCCCAAACAUUGGUUGCCUCUUCAACCCAAAGCUCUCAAAUAAUUCUUUCUAGUUCCCCCGUGUCACCACAAGACCUGGGAUCGCGAAACAAUAACCAUGGUGUCCCUAAGUUGGCGAACGGCGGUGACAACAGCGACAGCUGCUUUCGCAAGUGUAGCUUCCGCACAAACAUGGACAGCAUGUAACCCAACACAGCGAACCGAUUGUUCUCCAAACACCGCCCUCGGCAUGGCCAUCGAUGUCGACUUCACCCAGGGCGCUGUCAACUCCUUUAACCCCUACGGCGGCACCCCCUCCUACUCAAGAAACGACGGAGUCUCCUUCACCGUCGCCAAAUCCGGCGACUCCCCGCAGCUAACCUCCAUCUUUUACAUAAUGUUCGGGCGGGUCGAAAUUACGAUGAAGGCGGCCCCCGGCGCCGGCAUCGUCUCUUCCGUGGUCCUCCAAUCCGAUGACCUUGACGAGAUCGACUUUGAGUGGCUGGGCGCCGACAACACAUACGUGCAAACCAACUUCUUUUUCCAAGGAAAAACCGCCAGCUACGACCGGGGACAGUUCAACCCGGCGCCCAACAGCCAGGGUCAGUUCAUCAAGUACACGAUCGACUGGACUUCGGAGAAAAUCUCGUGGUACGUGGGCGGCACUCUUGUGCGGGUCCUGACCGUCAAUGAUGCGGGGGGCGAGUACCCGCAGAGUCCCAUGCAGGUGAAGUUCGGCGCCUGGUCCGGGGGCGACAGCGCCAACUCACCGGGGACCAUCCAGUGGGCCCACGGCCCGACGGAUUAUAGCCAGGGGCCCUUCAGUAUGACGGUCAAGAGCGUCAUGGUCAGCGAUUACUCGACGGGCAAGUCGUACCGGUACGGCGACACGAGCGGCACGUGGCAGAGCAUCAUUGCCGAGGGCGGAAAGGUGAACGGGAACUUGGGUAAAGCCGGCACGGUUACGGUGACGGCUAGCGCGGUGGCGGCGACGAAUACGGGGUCGGCGGGCGGCUCGGUGCCCGUGGGCGGCAUCGGGUCGGCCAGUGGGGGUUCGUCGGGUUCUAAUGGCGGUAGCGGCAGCAGCACCCAUGGAUCGAUUCCUGAGGGCUGGGUUAUGAAACCAGAUGGGAAGAUAGUGCCUGUUGGCGCGGCGAGCGCAAUGGCGAGGCCGCCGCAGGGCUUGCUGGUUGCUACGUCGCUUGUGACGGUGGCUCUUGCUGCCUUUGUUGGGUGUUUGGCUUAAGAGUAAUUAUUGAGUGGCAUGACAACAUACAGUCUGCGUUGCUCGAUAACUCUGGGUCUUCUUCUCCCUCGGAUGUCGGAGGUGUAGGAGUCAGCAGCACGAUGCAUUUGCAGGCGUCAAGAUGAAUUUGGUUUUGGGCAUUUUACCUCAUACGGCGUUACUUAGAGGAUUCGGGCUUGAUGGAGAUCUGAUAUGUAUCGGCGACGUCAGUAUUAAAUGUAUAUGAAUGAUGGGGGGAAUGAUGAUGUAUCUAUAUGGUAUGGGUAAUCUUGUACUUGCAGCACGAUAGACACCUCACACACGCAAGUUUGACAAUUUCACGAGCAUUCAAACGGUAGAUUCCUUUUGCUUGGGCACGUACGCAAACACUUUCUGGCAUCUUUGUCUCAUCUUGUAUCUGCACAUACCAUCAUCUCCC